AGAACAGUUAACAGAAAGAAAGUAUCUCAUAAUGUACGACAAUUACCGAGACUUGUUACAUACUGUCUCAAGAAAUUGCAUUUAAUAGAUACAUUGUGAUGAUUGCCCCGUGGUAUUAUCUGGGUAGCCUACCAACAAUCGGCUCAUUCAAAUGAUUCACACAAACCAAGGAUAUGAAUUCGUUUUAAUUAAUUCCAAUUAACCUUUCUGGAUGUCACCUACACUGAAAUUAAAAAGAAAACAACCAACAAGAUAAAACAGAUGUUUAUUUUUAAGAAGCGGAUACCUUAGAGGUGGAUUUAUUAACUUUAUUAAAAACUUCGUAAAAUCGUCCCCAGAUAUUAUUAUUUGAAACUGAUUAUUAUUCCUACACAAUAUGUAUCGUUAUGUGCGAGUUCUGUUUGUAGCGUAUUUGAUUACACUGGCGUGGGUUUUAUAUCUGAACAGUUUGCCCCAAACCAUUCAUAUUUACCAUAACAACGAUGGAUUAAAUAUUAUCGGAAUUGAUAAUAAAGCUCCUAGGAUUAAGGCUAUAAAUCCGGAAAAAGAGUCAAACGUGGACAAUUUUGAAAAUUCCUUAGAUGAAGUUAUAUUACAAAAGCAAUCACAAGUUUCUAAAAGUGAAAAAGUGAGAAUAAACAACACAGACAAAAUCGAAAGUAACGGACUUGAUAAUGAAAUGGUGGCAAUGAUGCACCCUGGGACACCAGAAAGUGAAAGAACAAACUCUAAUUAUUCUUCUCAUAAGGCAUAUGAUGACGUUUCAUUCAAUGCAACUUUGUUAGAGUUAUAUCAUAAAAGUACAAUGAAAUAUCGACAAAGUGGAAUUUGCUCGGGACUUUUAAUGAAUAAUUCGCGAUCCCUCGCACAGGCCAGAAAAUUUUCUGCAAGUUUUGAUCGUGAUUUUUAUCUGGAUUUAAAAGUGUUUCCAACUAUAACAAAGAAUUGUGACCAAUAUAAAUCGAAACGGGGCUUUAUCGAAAAGCCUUCUUCAAAAGAGGAAAUGGAAUUUCCGCUGGCUUUUUCAAUUUUGACCUACGAUAAUAUCGAGCAGCUUGAACGAAUGGUUCGUUUAUUGUACACGCGACAAAAUGUCUACUGCAUACACGUGGACGACAAAUCAAGUGAAGAUUUUAAAAAUGCCGUAAGGUCGAUCACAAAAUGUUUUUCAAAUGUGUUCGUGGCGUCAAAAUUAGAAUCGAUAGUAUAUGCCUCAAUUAAAAGACUGCAAGCGGAUGUAAACUGCAUGACGGAUCUGUUACAACGAAAAGAAAAAUGGCGUUACUUGCUGAAUUUCGCGGCUUCCGAGAUGCCGUUGAAAUCUAACAUUGAGAUGGUCCAAACACUGAAAUUAUUUCAUGGUGCUAAUGAUAUCCACGAAGUUUUCGCAAAACGAGUGAAACAUCGAUAUCACUAUAAAUACAUCAUUGUAAAUAACCACAUACAGAGAGGACGAGAAUUUCUUGCCCCGCCGCCAUUUAAUCUGACAAUCGUAAAAGGACAAGCGUAUAAUAUAUUCAGUCGAGAAUUCGUGGAGUUUUCUAUGAACAAUAAAAUAGCCAGACGAUUUUUAAAAUGGUGUGGAGAUACCUACAGUCCUGAUGAACAUUACUGGGCCAGUCUCAAUGAUCUGUAUCAUAACCCCUUCCUAAAUACUCCUGGAGGAUAUAAAGGUCACCCUGAUAAGAAGAUGUACGUCACACGCCAUAUUAACUGGCGCCAGUCAUUUGAUCGUUGCUAUGGAGAAUACGUCAGAGGUAUCUGUGUUUUCGGCUACGGUGAUUUGCCUUUACUGAAACGCAAGGGUCAUUUUGGAACAAACAAAUUCGAUUUACGAAAAGAUCCCAUAGCCUAUUCUUGUAUGGAGGAAUUGUUAAGUUACAGAACACAGAAUCCGACACCCCCUGAUCCCAAACACUGGACAAAUUUAAAUUUUAUUAAAGACAGCAACACCUGAUAACUAUCACGAUGAGCACACCGCGGAUUCUUCUGGACUGCAGAAUCUAAUUGGUAUACAGCAUAGUAUAUAACAAUUUUCACUUGCUUAUAAACUGGUUACGGUUGGGGUGACCGGAAGCAGUAGCUUUAUAUUCAAACCAAGGUAGAGGUCUUUUGUGGAAAGGUCUUCCGUUGAAACAUAACUUAUAUUGUGUUGUGUUCAGACCAAAACCCCUCUGGACUGUAGAAUAUAAUUGGGAUACAGCAUAAUAUAUAACAAUUUUCACUUGCUAAUAAACUGGGGUAACCGGGAGUAGUUGUUAUAAAAUCAAUCAAAGGUAGAGGUCAUUUGUGGAAAGGAAUUCCGUUGAAACAGUCCUUAUUGUGUCGUGUUCAGACCAACACCCUUCUGGACUGCAGAAUCUAAUUGGCUUACGGCAUUAUAUAUCAUAAUUUUCACUUGCUUAUAAACUGGUUGGUAACCGGAAGUAGUUGCUAUAAAAUCAAUCCAAGGCAGAGGCAAUUUGUGGAAAAGUAUUCCGUUGAGACAGAACUUAUUGUGUCAUGCUCAGAUCCCCCCCCCCCUUUUCUGCAGUAUGAAUACGAAGGAAGGGAUAAUUUGCUCGAAGGGUGGUGUUUCGCCUAUUCGACAAACUGCCAAGGGGUACUUUUUAGCACUGCCAAUUUGUAGUCGGGACCACGGCGUUAAACACAGCCUUUAAACUAGACUCUUGAAGGUGUCUACUAUUUCAUACAACCCAACCAACUGCGUGGGUGAUUACUUGAAUAUACAUAGAUAUGUAAUCACGAAGGGUCAUAGGAACAACAUGUACACAUAUAGGUUAACAGAUUGAACUAUAAAAACAAACGCUAGUGUAGCAAUUUAAUACAAAAAAGGGGUCUACGACGAUUGCGGGCGUAACAAUUGUCGGCAUGACAACUGCUUUCGGACAUCUGCCGGCGAUGAAACCUAUCGGCAGUGUCAUGUUAUAUGUGCUUUUUAGUAUAGUUUAUUAAAUUAAUGAAUUAUUGCACACAAGUUAUUCGCAGAUAUAUCUACAACGGAAAAUUCACUUUUAUGUUCAUCUUUCAAGAUACAUUAUGGGAGAUCAGAUAAAUGGCUGGCAGUUCCCACUAUAAUAGUUAAAAACUAGAUAAUGUAAAGGCAAUUUGCUGAAAAUGUCAGUCAAAUUGAUCCACUCUGAACCGAAAUUUUAGCGAUUGAAUUUUCGGCCUUACCUCGAUCAUCAUUACUAAAGUCGGUACGAUAAAAAACAUGGUCAUGAUUAUCUAUUUCAUGAUUAAAUUAUGAAUGGAAGUCUAACAGCAAAUCGGAACCUAAUCCAAUAAAUAUAACAGGCUAGCGAUGACAUCAAGAGUUGAUUAUGCUCUGGAUAAAGUUAAUUAAUGUCUAAUUAAUAAUUUCUGUUUAACUAAUGUCUGGGAAUUUGAGAAACGCAGACAUAGUAAAAGCAAAACCAGAAUAUUGCUCAUAAUAUUCACCUGUGAUAUAUGUGAUAACCUUGUGUAAGUGCUAUUAUAGACGAUGUGUGAAGUAAAAUAAAACUAAAUAUAUAUAUAUAUAUAUCUAUCUAGUGCUAUGUAAUUCUAAUCUUUAAGUGGCAUUUAGCGAUUGGGAAACACAUUAAUAGAACACAAUUUUUAUGGGUAGCAAUCAUUGGUUUUGUUCUGUUAAUCUAUCUAAUUCUGUAUUACUUAAAAAAAAACUAACCUUUUGCUGUACAUAAAUGAUAUUCUAAUAAUUUAGAA